CGGAAGUGAAGUGACUAAGAACAGUUUCUACGUUAGCGUUUUUAUUGUUGUUAUUUAGACAAUUAUUAUUAUUACCCUGGAACUUAAAAUAUGACUCAUUUAGCUGCACAGCAUCACAUACUUACCCCAGGUAGUGUUUAAUUCACGUUGGAGACAGAACUUGGUUGAUAGAUGUUAUCUGGUUAACAUUAGCUAACAAUGGCUAACUGUAACAGUAACGUUAUGGUUUUUCACACUCAAAUAGCCUCCAUCAUGGAGGUGUUAGCGAAUGCAGCCGUUGCAGAAAUCUGUAAACUCGUAGACGACGACUAUGCAGUGUUUCGUUUGGAAAUAACUCAAAGCCAGAAAGAAAACAGGACAUUGCGGAGGAAACUACAGCAAGUAGAACUGAAGGUGGCACGGGAGCGCGCAGAGAGGACAAUGCGAGAGCGCGUCCCCGCCAGCCCGAAUAGUGUCAAGAUCCUCGACCGAUACAGAGGAAUGGCAAGAGGUGAAGGACAUCCCACUGAAGGCCACAGGAGCUUUGUGAAGCCAGCGGAACACAACGCGUGGAGAGAUGACCAACCCAUAGCUAUAGAUGAGGGGAGUGGAACCUCAACCCAGCAUGUUAUUGUGAUAGAGUCAGCAGAUGCAGAGGCUGCAGGUCCUGGGGUCAAGCAGAAGGGGUCUGAAAGAGUGGAGGACCCACGACACAGCAGAGACAUCGAGACUGGAGCAGCGGCAGGAGUGACGCCCCCUGUAGCCACGGAGCACCUCGCCACCGCCACAGCGCCCCAGGCCAGGACCCGACGCAGCAUCACGGAGGAGGAAGAAGCUCCAGAGGUGCUGCUGGUGAAGGAGGAGGGGUGUGAGGAGGGUCUGAGGAAUACUGUGGGGACCAUGGUAAUGGAGAACAACCAGACUACACCUCCUCCUGAACCCACAGAGGAACCAGCUGAGCAGAAAAGGACCACACACAGUCUCCCUGAGUCAGUAGACAUGGAGGAUGGGAAGCCUGAUCUGCUACUAGUCAAAGAGGAGAUUAUAGAAGACGGACCAGAGAGCAUUGACCUGCUGAGUGGACUAAAGAUGGGGGAGCAAGGUGGUUGGCUGGAGGCUAACAGAGAAGACUGGGCAGCCAUCUUGGAUUCCCAGAACCAGGCUGGUGCAGCCAGGGACCCUGGGGACAACAUCACCGAGCAGGCCAGGACCAGAGGCAACAUAGUGGAGUCUGCAGUCCAUGAGGACCUGCUGAUAUCCGGUGCUGCUGGCAGGCGAGACUGGACCUCUGAGACGGCUGGUCACAAACCUUGGUUCCGGAUCAGGACCCUGGAUCAGGAGCCAUCGCUUUUCCUUUCCGAGUCAGAAACAGAACCAAACCGUGAGGGGCAGAGACUCCACCACCACACAGAACACAACCAGUGGACAGGUGGACUAAACAACCUCAGUCCUACUGGUCAUCAGAUAGACAGAGGCUCCAGUCUGCAGCCCAGACCCUUCUCUUCACAGUCUCAGUGUAGUGAUGAAGCAGCGCCUGGGGCUGAUGGAGAUAGGCCCUCCUGUUCCUAUGAUACAAACACCACAGUAUCCAUGAUGAACAAUUCAGGUCACCCUGGGCUUCAGCCUUCACAGAGAGUAGUGGGAGACACCCCCGGUGGGAGUCUAACAGGAAGUCUGUCUUCUCCUUCAGGAUCUUGUCUAAUGCCUGGUGACUGGGUUCAUAGAAGACCUGGACCUGGGUCUAUCCUUCCUCAGUUACCUCAUGGUUACUCCACCAAUACAGACAGGGUCAGGAUGGGCAUUCACCAUAAGAGGUACCUAGCCUAUAACACAACACACAAUCCCAACACCCAAACAAUGGCUAGAGGUCAAGGAUGGAGCUCAAAUACUAACCACCUGAGGGUGGUGGCUCCUGCUUCUACCUCCUCUGGUGUCAUUGGGUCACAACGUGGGAGGCCGAGUAAUAGGACGGACGCUGACAAGCCGUACGCCUGCCCCACAUGUGGGAAGCGCUUCGCUAGGGCAGACUAUUUGAGGGAGCACCAGGCCGUUCACACCAAGGAGAGGCCCUUCAAGUGCAAACUAUGUUACAAGAGCUUCUCUUUCCUGACUAACCUUAUCAGACAUAGGAGUGUCCACAACCGGGAGAAAUUGUAACAGUGUGGCUCGAGAUGUACGCAGGGGAUAUCUGGGAACUAUUCUUAAUUUAACAUAUAGUUGUGAAGUGUUUUGGGGAAGAGGGUAAUUAACCACAUACCCUUCAUUAACCCUUUGUUAACUUGUCAUUUGAAACAGGCUUGGAUACACCUGUUUUUGGAGAGACAGUAAACCUAGGCUAAAACAAGGACAGUUGAAUAUUUACCUUACUGAGGUGAUGGAAGGUAGAUGGAAUAAAGUCAUUAUAUUCUUUUCUACUCUAUUCUUGUUCACACACUGUUCUUUCUAAACAAGUCUGCCCUCAGCUUGAAAGAUACUGAUCAUGGGAGAUUUGAUGUGUAAUGUAAUAAACAGUACCGUAAUUCAAAGA